UUUUUCUUUCUCCCAUUAUUUGGUGGUCGCAUCUUUUCUCUCAAUUUUCCCCUUGGCAAGGUUCUGAGCGACCUAUCUAAUCUCAGCGGGCGCCGCAAAGUCUCCAUUCUCUUGACCUUUUACAUAAGACCUGGACCCGCCCCGCCGUGAGUGGACGACGUCUGGGCUUGCUGGGACUAAACUCGGGGAGUCGUCAUCACAAAGGAGGUUAAACCACUAAUUUACCCUUCCUGCCACAUCCCGCACCCCGACUAUCCACCCCCCAUACUCCCUGCUCAGCUUUCGAUGGUCUCCCUAGUUCGAUGUCCCUGAUUCUCUGGACUGUGCGUCAUAUCGGACCUCAACCCACUGUGCGAAGACCAUCGUUUAUUGGACAGAUUACUGAAUUGCACUUACCCUAGCACGUUAGAACGCCGCAUAAGGACACAAAUGCGAUAGGGACGAAGACUGGAUGACGAACGUUGUGCUAUAGGGCCUUCCCAUGGCGCUUUGCGUUUGGCGAUCAUUCACCCAAAAUUUUCUUCUCUUAGGAGAGCUGACGAUAUUCUCUCCCCUCGAAUAUAAUCGUUAUCGUCGUCAGGGAUGAGUUCCAGUACCAGCUUUGCCGACACCCUCAGCCCUGGGACAAAUGGUACGAAUGCCUCCCGUAGGUCCACCUCAACCGUGCGAUCACGCCCUCGCCGCUUGGUAUCGUUCACCGACGAUGAAAGUGAUAAUGGAAGGCAGCUGGAGCCCUCCGGGUUGUCCACCACCCUGUCCACGGAUCUCCCGGUACCUCGAUCUCGCGGUGCCACCCCGUCACCCUACACAUCCCGCGGAGCUUCGCCAAUGCCCAUGAGACAUCCUUCCCGUGUCACGUCUUCGCCUGGCCGCGGAGCGAAUAGCUCGUUAGGCGGGUUCAGCUAUACUGGCAAGAAUCAAGUCAAUUUCGCGGAGUCGUCGCGAGCUGCCGCUGACUUUCUGGAUGCGUCUUGGUCAUCGUUACAGAGCUUGGCCUCAUCGGUUUUGGGAAGUGAUAUUGCACGGCCCACCACCAAUGGCACGCCACGGACACAUUCGAGGAAGCCUUCACACCCCGAUUCGUACACGGGGAACCCGUCACGGACUUUGACAUCCUCGUCGUGGGGACCGGCAGCUCCAUCUACCUCCGCAAUUGGCGCUGGAACUAAGGAAGAACGGCAAGCAUUUGUACAGGCUAAGAAAAGGGAAGCACUGCUACUGGCGGAUACAGAGCCGAAUGGAAAUCUUAAUACGAAACAUAAACGACGCGAUUCAAGUGAUCGGACGGGCCAUUUGACAGCAGGUUCGAACCCGGACGAGGAAGCUCUGGCGUACGUACAUCAUGUCCAGCCGACGGACAGUAUAACGGGGGUAACGAUACGCUACGGUUGUCAGCCUGCGAUAUUUAGGAAGGCGAAUGGCUUUUGGCCCAGUGAUAGUAUUCAAGGUCGGAAGACAGUUCUUCUACCAGUCGAUUCUUGCUCAGUCAAAGGACGACCCAUUCGACAUGAUUUAAACCAGGUGGAUGCUGAGAUUUCCAGACGAGACUCUUUGGAAGAUCCAAGUGGGAGCUCAAUAGCCCCGAAUUCGAUUUCAGGGCCUCGCGAUCAACCCGAAGCAAUCCCGGACGCUUUUUCAGAGGCGGAAGCGGACCAAAUAUGGAAACACGAGUCCUGGGUCCAGAUCGAUGGUUUCUCUGCGCCUGUAGAGAUUGGACGCGUCCCUCGCAGGGCGUUAGGCUUCUUUCCGCGCUCAAGACGGAAAUCUAUUUCCUAUACUGACUCCGAGAGUCCUUCGUUAUCUGGACGCGAGAGAACCCCGACAUUAUCCUCGACUUCAUCAACCUUUGAACCUCAACCCUCGCGCGUUACAUCUAUACCCGGAAAUAGACCUCACACAGACUCGUCAGGGUCACGAACAUCAGCCAAAUCUAAGCCAGCCGUGCGCCAUCAGCGUCAACGCAGCAACAUACAAUUAGCCGGGCCGGGCGUUGGCACCCUCGAUCGUGACGCAAUGGCCCCUGGGCCGGCUCUCGACGGUCUGAGUAAAUUCUUUGCCCAGCAUCUACCGAACCUUGCCCCCGCUCCUACCCCUCCGAAAUUUCAAGACUCCACGGAGUACACUUCAAAUGCUGUGUCCAACACUCCCACCGGCUUGGACAAUAUAGGCGGUGCAGUCGAGGGCUGGGUCAGGAAGAUGACCAGCCGAGCCAAGGCUGGGUUUAAUGAACUGCAGCAAAGCACACAAGGCCACCAAAUGAACGGCACAGCCCAUCGACCUGCGACGCGCGGGGUGGGCGACCUGAUUGAGCUUAAUGAUGGAUUAGAAUCUCGCGACGCCUCAAAGAUACUGCGGCCCGAGUACAACCGAUCCAGAACAAUUCUUGGCGAUGGUAGCUCAGUGAGAGGCCGUUUCCAUAGUCCUUCGGCAGGGACGAGCAGGACUCGUACUACGUUCAAGGACGAUUGAUGUCGGGUAUAAUAUUGCUACAUGCUUUACCCUGAAGGCCAAGUAGCCAUCCCUUUCUCUUUCUUUUCUCUUUUCGAACAUUUUUUUUUUUAUCUUAUUUUGGGAAUCCGUUCGGGCAGCGGCAACGAUAGGGACCAGAUAAAGUUUUGCGGGUCUUUGUGAUAUAAGAUACCUUCCUUCCAUGUACGCUUAUAGCAUAGCGCGGCGCAACAGGAUCAUACUGUUGGCAAGUUGAUGAUACGUUGUAAUUGCUCCUUGGAUUAUACAAUUGGCUAUUCGGAUCGGUGUCUUUGCUGUGGCCACGCAUUUUUGUGUUUAGCAAUUUAGAUUCCUUUGUGCUGGUAUACUUAUGGGGAAUGGGCAUUCGAGGUAAUUAGCCAUAAAUC